AUGCAUUUUUAUUUACUACUCAUAUGUAUUCUUUCUUACUGCUAUGCCAGUACACCUCCACAAGGCUCACGGCAAGAAACAAAUCGAGCGGUAGACACAAGUGCUCGUUCAUUAAAUUUUGACAGUGAUGAUGAAGAUCAAAUGAGUCCACGCAGACUCGCUAAUACACCUGCAUCACCAUCGCGAACGAGUGGACUGAUACAUACGCCUUAUUCAACACGAACGCGUAGUUCAUUUAGUGAUGACGAAGAUGAAAGUCGUGGUACUAGUAGUAGUGGAAUAAGCAGUGGAGCGUCGGGAUAUUCAUUCAAUCAGCAACGACCAGGUCAAUUUCGAUUUAGUGAUACUGAAAGUGAUGCGGAUAUAAGUUUUGAUCGUGGUCGUAUGUCUGCAACGUCAGGAAUAAGUUCAGAUUCGCCGUCACUCGAAGAAUCAUUUAGUAGUAAAGGUGGUCGUAGUCGCUUUUUCUUCGAUGAAAGCAUCGUCGAAGAAAAUGUCGGAACUCUCGUUGGUCUCGAAUCUCCCAUCGGAGCGAACAUUGCAGGCGGCACACCGACGCUCGACUUUGAUAGUAAACCUUUAAAGUUAUACGCACGACAUAAUUGGGGACUGCCGUAUAAUGAUCCGAACCAAAUUAUACCAAUGUCGCCUGAUCAUCCGCGAAAAUACGACGUGAUAGUGGUGCCUGACACACCGGAUUAUGCAGCGGCUUCUAUGGACGAUUUCAUAUCACCACCACGAAGUGGAUCAUAUGGUCCAGGACAAAUUGGUUCUUUAGAUGAGCUUUACAGCUCGCCCGUUGGCAGUUUUAAUAUCGAUAAAAGUCUAUGGCCACCAGAAGAUCGUCGUUAUAUCAAAAUAGCAAGACCACCGCCAGCUCCCAGAACUGCUCCUUUUGGUGCCAUGUCAAUAACGGGUAGUCGUAUUCCAAAAGAAUUUAUUCAAGCUGUUGAAUAUGGCAAAAAACAUAAUAAUAAAGCAUUGAGCACUAUGAAAUGGAAGAAGACAUUCAUAUCGGGAAAUUCUGCUGACGUCUUUGGUAUUGAAUUAAAUGGUGACAAUUUUGUUCUUAAAAUAAGCAAACAUUCUCCCGCUGAAGAAGGAUACGCAAAUGACAUUACCCAAUGUGUACAUGAAAACGACAUAAAAUCAUUACAAGAAUCAUCGGAUCCAUGCCAGCAUAAACCACAACAUGGUUUGAUUGAAAAAGCUGCUUGCUCAGCUGAACCUGGUCUAGUUCCUUUUGAAUAUUACAUUGCAGAGAAAGUUGCACUGACAAGAGGUUUAAUGUCGGCGGCAGCAAGUGUAGCAAAUACAUUUGGAAAAGACGAACACCAGUGGUACUUAAUCUUCGAAGAAUUAUCAGGUGUAUCUCCAUUGAAAUAUGGUGAAAAUAUCCUGGAACGUCUUGCUAAACCACUCAUCCGACAACAACUCGAAGCCUUGCAACAGAUUGCUGCUUGUCACAUAAUGCAUCUCGAUGCUCACUGGGGAAAUAUUUUGUACUCUCAUGAACGCGGUAUCCAACUAAUCGAUUUCGGUAUUGCUGCACUUGUUGAUCGGUUCGAGUUGCUCGACUACAGAGCCGCAUUAGUUAUAACAUUCACGUUUGAUCGUUGCCUCGAUUGUGAGGCAUCGAAACCUGGACGAGACUUUUACCACCUCGCGAAAAGUCAAUACCCAAUCGAUGGUCAUUCACUUCUUUCGCAUCCAUGGCUACAAUAUUAA